GCCUAAACCCGUUUACUUCCCCUCACUCCUCACUCCUUCUCCGCCCCAACUUUCCCCGCAGGCCGCAGCUAGCUAGGGUCUGCUACGCCGGCGCCGGCGUUGCCCCGGCCGCAGAUCCAGCGCUCCUAGACGUGGAUCCGCCACCCGCACGUGCCGUCCGCCCCGUCCGCCGGCCGAUCCGCCACUACUUCCGCCUUGCACGGCUGCGUCUCUCCUUCUUUCCGUCGCCUCCCCGAAUCCUCCGUGCCCCGUCGCCUCCCCUCCGGCUCCGGCUUGCACCCCCGAUCUCGCGAUGGCUUCCACUGGCAAGGUGAUCGCUUCCAUCCUCCUUCUGUGCUUCCUUUUCAAUGGUGAGAAGGCAGGGUGUACCACUGCUUCCUCUGCAGAUGGCAAUCAGAUGUGGGGCUACACGCAAGUCCGCCCGAAGGCUCACCUCUUCUGGUGGUUUUACAAGAGCCCACAGCGGGUGUCAUCACCGGCGAAGCAAUGGCCCACCGUGCUUUGGCUCCAGGGCGGGCCGGGAGGGUCCGGUGUUGGGGGAGGAAACUUCAUGGGUGUUGGGCCACUGGACACCAACCUGAAGCCACGCAACUCCACGUGGCUGCAGAAGGCCGAUCUCCUCUUCGUGGACUUACCGGUGGGCGUCGGCUAUAGCUACGCAGAGGAUCCCAGCCUACUGGCGAGGACAGACUCGGAGGUGGUUGCAGAUGCUAGUGCCCUCCUCAAAGCGCUUGCGGUAGCAAUACCCACCCUGCAGAGCAGUCCACUCUUCCUCGUUGGCGAGUCCUAUGGCGGCAAGCUCGCCGCCAUGAUCGGCGUCGACAUAGCAAGGUCCAUCCAUGCUGGUUCCCUAAAACUCACUCUAGGAGGAGUGGUUUUGGGGGACAGCUGGAUAUCUCCAGCUGAUUUCGCACUCUCAUAUGCGGAACUGCUGCAUCAAGUGUCGAGGUUGGAUGCCAAUGACGUCGCACCUGCCAACAAAAUUGCAGCAAAAGUAAAGGAUGAGAUGGCAGCUGGGCAGUUCGCCAAGGCGCGGAUCACAUGGGUCGAGCUCUCUCAUUUUAUCGACUCAAAUAGUGCUAGCGUGAAUUGGGAAAAUUUCAUGCUUGAUUCCUUUAUGACCCAUCAGUCAGGUCUCAAAACCAUCGACGGCAUCAUGAAUGGAGUCAUUAAGCAAAAGCUCAAGAUCAUUCCCAAAGACGUCGUUUGGCAAAGGGCGUCGAUUCCGGUCAACAAUGCAUUGGAUAAUGUCUUCAUGAAGCCAGCAAUCAAUGAGGUUGACGAACUGCUAGCAUACGGUGUGGUUGUUGCCAUUUACAAUGGCCAGUUUGAUCUGAUCUGCUCGACGGUUGGCGUAGAAGGCUGGGUGAGGAAACUGAAAUGGGAUGGUCUGAAGAACUUCUUGAGCCUGCCAAGGCAGGAUGUGUUUGUCUGUGACACUUCUGUGCACUGCAGUGGUGGUGGUGCUGUUAGGGCAUUUAUGAAAACCUAUCAAAAUCUGCACUUUUACUGGAUCCUUGGAGCCGGACACACAGUACCUGUUGAUCAGCCUGAUGUUGCUCUACAGAUGAUUGGUCAGAUAGUUGCUACUUGAUGCAAUUGGAAGGACAUCUCUGUGUAAAUUGCGCCGGAAGGGGCAGCUUAGAUGGUGAGAAGUACUAGGCAUGAAACUUGACUGUUAGUUUGAACUAUUAAAUAUCGAGCAUGUGAGAAUUAUUAGGUGAUGGAACUUAAUUGUUACUCGAUUAUGAUUGAGUACAUUGCUUGAAAAGGCUGAACAGAGCUCCGAUGGUCUUGUAUUUAUUUGCCCUUUCACUC